ACUUCCGGCCAUGCCCUUGUUCCGUGAAGGCGGGGCGUGCGGAAGAAGCGGCUUCCCGGUGGGGCGGGGGAAGCGGAGGGCGCCAGCGUUGCGACUCCUGCUGCUGUUGCCGCUGCUAUCAUUAGGAUUAUGGGGAAGAAGCACAAGAAGCACAAGGCGGAGAAGGCGGAAUGGAGGUCUGCGCCCGCUGCGACCGUCGCCGCUGCUGGACCCGGCUCUGCCGCCUAUGAUGAUUAUGUGGAUAAACCCUUGGAGAAGCCAUUGAAGUUGGUGUUGAAAGUUGGUGGAAGUGAAGUGACAGAACUCUCAGGAUCAGGACAUGAUUCCAGUUAUUAUGAUGACAGAUCAGACCAUGAGAGAGAGCGACAUAAGGAAAAGAAGAAGAAAAAGAAAAAGAAAUCUGAUAAAGAGAAAGAAAAGCAUCUUGAUGACGAGGAGAGGCGGAAGAGAAAGGAAGAGAAGAAAAGAAAAAGGGAGAAGGAGCAGUGUGAUACUGAGGGUGAAGCAGAUGACUUUGAUCCUGGAAAGAAAGUAGAGGUUGAGCCACCCUCUGAUCGUCCAGUCCGAGCCUGUAGAACGCAACCUGCAGAAAACGAAAGCACACCUAUCCAACAAUUAUUGGAACAUUUUCUUCGCCAGUUACAGAGGAAAGAUCCUCAUGGGUUUUUUGCUUUUCCAGUUACGGAUGCUAUUGCUCCUGGAUACUCCAUGAUAAUAAAGCAUCCUAUGGAUUUUGGCACUAUGAAAGAAAAAAUUGCAGCAAAUGAGUACAAAUCUGUGACAGAAUUCAAGGCAGAUUUUAAACUGAUGUGUGAUAAUGCGAUGACAUACAACAGACCAGACACUGUGUACUACAAACUGGCCAAGAAGAUCCUUCAUACAGGCUUUAAGAUGAUGAGCAAACAGGCAGCUCUUUUGGGCGAUGAAGACCCACCUGUUGAGGAACCUGUGCCCGAAGUUGUUCCUGUGCACGUAGAGACUACCAAGAAAUCCAAAAAGCCAAGUAAAGAAGUUAUCAGUUGUAUAUUUGAACCAGAAGGAAACGCAUGCAGUCUGACGGAUAGCACAGCAGAAGAACAUGUUCUGGCUUUGGUGGAACAUGCAGCAGAUGAAGCUCGGGACCGGAUCAAUCAGUGUCUCCCAAACAGCAAGAUAGGCUACCUGAAAAAAAAUGGUGAUGGGUCUUUGGUCUUUAGUGUACUCAAUCCAUCCGAUCCAGAAGCAGAUGAGGAGGAAACCCAUCCAGUGGAUUUGAGUUCUCUAUCAAGCAAAUUAUUACCUGGUUUCACAGCACUGGGCUUCAAAGAUGAAAGAAGGCACAAAGUCACAUUCCUUUCAAGUUCUAAUACAGCACUUUCGAUGCAGAACCAUUCUGUCUUUCAUGAUCUAAAAGCAGAUGAAAUGGAACUGUUGUAUUCAGCAUAUGGAGAUGAAACUGGGAUUCAGUGUGCCUUAAGCUUACAGGAAUUUGUGAAAGAUUCUGGAAUUUACAGUAAAAAAAUUGUGGAUGACCUGCUGGAUCAAAUCACUGGCGGAGAUCAUUCCAAAAUUAUUUAUCAGCUAAAGCAGAGGAGAAACAUUCCAGUGAAACCACCAGAUGAAGUCAAAGUUCCGCCAGUCCUUGUAAAAGAAGAACACAAAUUGCGCAGUGCUUGCCCAGAUGCCUCCAAGCAGAGUAUGGUUGGAGAAGCCAUGGGAGACAAUACCAGUUCUGUUUUGGAUUUUUUGUCUAUGAAGCCGUAUUCAGAUGUAUCACUUGAUAUAUCCAUGUUGAGUUCAUUGGGUAAAGUAAAGAAGGAGCUUGAUCAUGAUGACAAUCAUUUACACUUGGAUGAAACAACCAAAUUACUACAGGACCUUCAUGAGGCUCAGACUGACAGAGUAGGAUCCAGGCCUUCCUCCAACCUCAGCUCCCUCUCUAAUGCUUCUGAAAGAGAUCAGCAUCACCUAGGAAGCCCUUCUCACCUAAGUGUAGGAGAACAACAAGAUAUGGUCCAUGACCCCUAUGAAUUUCUUCAAUCUCCAGAACCUACAAAUACCAAUAAUUAAUAUUACUUAUAUAGUAUUUAAUUUGUGUUUUUUAUACUGUGUUUUAUGGAGUUUUGUCAAAUAGAGUGCAUUUUCAUUUGUUCUUUUACUCUUUUGUAUGAGGAUUGCUGAAUAAUAAUGCUUGUGCAUAUAUUUGUGAAUGUUACUUGGGUAUAUCAUGGUAUUUUCACCAUCUCAUGCAGUAUUUUAGAGAUAUGGACAAUAGAUCUGAAGAAGCAAUCUCAAAUUACGUAUUUAAGAAACCUUAUUUAUUUUAUAAAAAUGCUAACCAGCUGUUUAUCAUGCUGCCAAUCAUUAAAAUGUUUUAUACUUAAGUGUGCAACUAUGACCAUAUAGAAGCUCCUCUAGGAGGAGUAUUUUUUUCAGUGGUAAUACAGGGUGAUAUCCAAUGUUAGUAACAGCGGAGCCAUUGAAAUAAAUAGAUAUGAUUUCAGUGCAUCUACUCUGAAUAUGACUAACAUUAAAUAUCACUCAAACGUUUCAGAACUAUGGUUGUCGUCAUAUUCACUCCUCUUCCCCUAGUUGCUCAAAAAAUGGCCAGAUUAAAAGAAAAUCUUAUGAACAGUCGAAAUCCUCUUAAUUUUGAAUGCCCAAAAAAGGCAUGGUAAUAUUGUGGGACUUCAGUUCAAGAAAUUCAGCCCUUGACAAACUACCCAGAAAUUUAUGUAUACGAGUGAAAUUGAAGUUGUACAGAAACUGUAAAAGUUUGUGUCAUUUUUAAAUGAAGUAUUUGAAAUUUAACAUUGAAUGACUUUUUAAAAACAAUUUAUAUUAUGGAUAACUAGAAUAAUUUUGUUGUUCAUUAACAAUAUUGUAAAUACUAAUAAAACUGAAA